AUGCCGACUCUUAGGACAUUGCACACAAGCAUGUUUAUCAAAAACCAUAACCAAAACUGUUACNCUCUUUUCGAAUCGGUUCAUCCACUUCCUUCUCAGUCGAAAGAGAUCGAAGUUGGUUCGUACCUCCCUCCUUCACAGUCGGACCCUUCUUUUGUGUUCUUCAAAGCUUCCCCUAGGGACACCCCGGCUCUUCGUGCAGGAAAUGUGCAGCCAUACCAGUUCAUUCUGCCCCCAACUUGGAAACAAACUCGUGUAGCAAACAUUUUAUCUGGUAAUUACUGUCAACCCAAGUGUGCAGAACCUUGGGUAGAGGUGAAAUUUGAAGAUGACAAGCAAGGGAAAAUCCAGGUAGUGGCUUCCCCUUUGAUACGUUUGACUAAUAAGCCUAAUGCUACAAUUGAAGACAUAGGUAGCCCUGAGAAGGUAAUUGCUUCUCUUGGCCCUUUUGUCACUGGAAAUACAUACGACCCCGAAGAGCUCCUCGAAUCAUCAGUCGAGAAACUUGGUGAUCAGACGUAUUACAAAUACACACUCGAGACUCCUUAUGCUCUGACGGGUACACACAAUCUAGCUAAGGCAACGGCGAAAGGAAGCACGGUUGUGUUAUUUGUGGCCAGCGCCAAUGAUAAACAGUGGCAGGCAUCUGAGAAAGUUUUGAGAACCAUGCUUGAUUCUUUUCAGCUGUAAUCCCUUAACUCAAAAUGCAAAUGAGAUUAUAUUCGAUAAUAUAUGCUUCUAUCUUCACAUAUAAUGAAGAAUGUUCUUUGAGUUCUUCAAUGUUCUUGUUGUCCGAGCAUUCUUUAACAUUAUUUAAUGGGUGUUCUUUUUA